AGAGACGGAGGAAACAGAAUUGAACAACUAAGAUGGCCGAGGAGCAGCAGCAGCAGGAGGAAACAACACAGGGAGAGAUGGAGGCUGGAGGAGUUAACUGUCUCGCUUAUGAUGAGGCCAUUAUCGCUCAGCAGGACAGAAUUCAGCAGGAGAUUGCAACUAAGAUCCCUUUAGUGUCAGACAGACAGGAGUUGUCAGUGUUGCAGAAAGAAUAUGCUGCAGAAGACACCAUUUAUCAGCUUAAGAUCAAGGAUUUACACAAAAAAUACUCGUAUAUUCGUAAGACGCGGCCCGAUGGGAACUGUUUCUACAGAGCUUUUGGCUUUUCACAUCUUGAAUCACUGCUAGAAGACACCAAAGAGCUGCAGAGGUUCAAGGCGGUGGCAGCUAAAAGCAAACUGGACCUGGUGAAUCAGGGUUUCACAGAGUUCACCAUUGAAGACUUCCACAAUACUUUCAUGGACCUUCUGGAGUUGUGUGAGAAGCAGCCUGGCCUCAGUGAGCUGCUGGGCUCCUUCAGGGACCAGAGCGUGUCAGACUACAUUGUGGUGUACCUACGGCUACUCACUUCAGGCUACCUGCAGAGGGAGCACGGCUUUUUCCAGCACUUCAUUGAGGGGGGACGCUCCGUCAAGGAGUUUUGCCAGCAGGAGGUGGAGCCCAUGUCUAAAGAAAGCGACCAUAUCCACAUAAUCGCCUUGGCCCAGGCCCUGAAUGUGUCCAUCCUAGUGGAGUACAUGGACCGAGGGGAGGGGGGCACUGUCAACCACCACGUCUUCCCUGAAGGCAGUGAGCCUCGUGUCUUCCUCCUCUACCGACCCGGCCACUACGACAUCUUGUACAAAUAACGACCUGCUGUUUAGAAAUAUCCCAUCCACCCCCAUUGCUUCCACUGCACUGCCAGUGGAAAACACCACAUCGAUGCAUACGUGUGUACAAAGACUACACUAUGGUAGCUCUCUGAGAGAAAGAAAGAUAAAACAAUCACAUUACACAGCCCUCCCCUUCACUCAAAAUUUUCCCCAUAUCACAGAAAAGUAAAUAAUAACGAUAAAAAAAGAAAUAAAAAAAAUAGCAGUGACUUCAGGCGUUACGAGUUGUACAGUUUUUUUUUUUUUUUUUGUGGUUGUAAAUGUUAUCAACUUGCUUUUUUGUUGGAUUAUUUUCCUUUGUUACACUGCGUUUCAUGAGUUUUAUUAAAGGGAUUUACAUCUUAUUUG